AUGUUUCAGUAUUCACCUUCGUAUUUCAAUUACAAAGAUGUUAUACUUAUAAAUGUGUAUCCACAAAAAGAAGCAGUGUAUCAAAUGAGCAUAUACUUCAAGAAAUUCGUCCCUAUUUCCAAGCAUCAAGACCAAUGGUUUAGACAUGACUUGGAAGGAAAACAAAAAGUAAAAAAUUUUCAUAAGACCCGUAUCAAAUUAUUGGCUUACAACAAUUCAUUUUUUAGUAGCGUGAUUAAAGACAAUGGAACCGGAAAAUUAAGCUUAUCGUAUGGCGUUGAAUGUAUUAUAUUCAAAGAAAUCGCUACAAGAUUGAACAUCACAUGGGACACAUUCACGUCUGACGACAAAGACAAAUGGGGAACAGUGUGGAUGAACAAUACAAUUACCGGUGGUGCACUCAAAUGGUUGUAUACUAAAAGGGUCGAUGUGUCAUUUUGCUCGCUUUGGAUUGAUCAUAUAAAAUCCAAGUUCGUGGACAUGUCUAAAUUUUGGACAUUAACGUGUUUAAAGUUUUUGGUCCCUAAGCCCCUGCCGUUACGAGAAAAAUGGGACUUGCUGUUCAAACCGUUUCCGUUAAGUUUGUGGCUAUUAGUUUUAUUUUCUGCGACGUUGACGACGAUUACAAUAUGGAUAUUGGCAUGCAUUCAGAAAAAGAUUGGCUAUGCAAAUAUUAACGCAUUUACUUCGUUAUCAACGACAAUUUUUUGGAUUAUCGGAAUGAUGUUAUUGACUAACAAUCCACGUACUUACAGAAUGGGACCUAUUAGACAUUUGAUAAAUUGGUGGUGCAUGUUUAUAUUCAUCAUGUCUACUUCGUUUUCCAGCAUUCUCUAUUCAUUCAUUACAUCGUCCGAGUAUACAGACAUUGUUUUGGAGGUUGAAGACAUGGUUAAAGCCAAUUACCACUGGGGUCUUACGUAUCCACCCCCUUAUGAGUACAUACUGAAAAUGGAAAAUCCGGUGCACGUGAAGUUCAGCAAGCGGUUCGUACCGGAACGCGGCGUGGACGAUCGGAUCAGCCGACUGAAGCUCGGUCGGUACGCGAUUCUGACAAAGUGCCUGUACGAGAAACACUUCAUGGAGUCGGAUAAAGUGCCGGUCGCUAUGCUGAACAACCUGCGGACGGCCCGAACGUGCUUGAGCCAGUUUUACAUCGGUUUUGGGUUCACCAAGCGGUCGCCGUACGCGAAACCGGCCAACCUGGUCAUCCAGCGGAUUUUCGAGAGCGGGCUGAUCGACUAUUGGCUAAGCCGGGUGACCGAGGUCCGCAUGUCGCCCACCACGUUCAAGCAGGUGUACGAAAUAAAGCCACGCAAGAGCGGCCACCCGUCGGCACUUAGCUACCGACAAUUCAAAGUCGUCAUGGUCGUAUGGAUGGUUGGAUGCGCACUGUCGGCGGCAGUGUUCGCCGUCGAAUGUCGGUAUGGUCGCGGCGGCACCGGACACGCACGCAGGCCGCGCCGUGCAUAA